UUUCACAAUCAAACCGAUAAAUGUAAUAAGCAUACCAACUGUAAUCGCAAGAGUGAUUUUGAUUUUGGCCAAAUAAAAUGAGUAAAAUCGGUUUGUUUGUAAAAGAAGCUAGAAAAUGGCUUAAAUUUAAAGAACCAGUUGUUUUUGUCGUCGGCAAUGAAAGUUGUGAUUUGGAUUCAGCCGUGUGUGCCGUUGGCCUUGCGUACUUUUACAUGAACACAACCAAAUUGCCGGAACAUCUUUUGAUUGAUGGUAAUCGACGUUUUCUACCGAUGAUGAACAUAAAUAGAACAAAUCUGCCAUUGAAAACUGAAGUAACCUAUUUUAUGCAACAGCAUUCCAUUGACAUUGAUGACUUAGUUUGUUGUAACGAAGUGUCGUCUGAACUCUUGAAUGUGUCCAAAUUCAUUCUCGUUGAUCACCAUAUUGCAACUGGCAUAGUUCCAGCCAUUGACCGGGUCAUUAAAAUCUUUGAUCAUCGACCAGUUGACCCAAAAAAUGCGCAUAUACUAAGCGACUAUGCGACAAAAAUUCAAGAAGUCGGUUCAUGCGCGACCUUAAUAGCCGAUGAAAUUCGAAAUGUUGAAGGUUCUUUUGCAGCACAAGAUGAUACAAUCAAUUUCCUUAGAGGGCCAAUUGUGCUAGACACCAUCAAUUUCUCCGUGUCGGCCGACAAAGCAAGACCGCUUGACAUUGAAAUCAACAAAGAAGUCGAAGCAAAACUCGGAAAAAAUGACAACGAUCGAUUGAAACUGUUCAAUGAUCUGGUGAAAGCACGCAGUGAUGUCAGCUCAUUAACGGCUCUGCAAUUAUUAUCGAAGGACAUGAAAAUGCUUUCAAGUGUAGAUAAAUCAAAGAUCGUCGCUAUUCCGGGCUUUCCAAUUUUAGUAGAGGACUACCUUCAAAAGGAAAACGUAUUGGAAAGUCUUCGACAAUUUGGCGAUGAACGUAAUUGUGACAUUUUGGUAUUGAUGGGAAUGAAAGAACUUACAACUGGCGGCAUACGACGAGACAUUGCCAUCGUGACACUUCGAGAAUCUGAACUUACGAAAAAAGUGAUUGAAAAAUUGACCAUUGAAAAUAGAGAAUACUUACAACUUCAAGACAAACACAACGAUUUAUUGGCAGUUCAGCUGUUUGAACAACAAAAUGUUAAGGCUUCACGUAAACAAAUUUCGCCGAUCAUUCAAAAGGCUCUGAAUGGCCAUUGAAAAUGCGGCAAAUUUGACAAAAAUAACAAAAGUGAUCUAUGUGACGUUUGUAAA